AUGCAACACGAAAAUGAGAGCUUCGUCCAGCGUAGCAGCCACGUUCGCUUCCAACAGAAUGCCAGCGAUCGGCUUUCCAGGCAUCUUGUCCUCGCAGUAGUUGGUUCCUGGAAAAGCUGCAGCCGAAGAGGCUCAGCCAGCAAGGAGGUGGACCGGAAGGCACGUGAAACAGCGAUUUGCGUGACAGGAAUCGAUCAUCUUUCCAGCAAAUUGGCGUCGGACGUCGCAGUUUCCGCCAUUCUGAUGCAAAUCAACGAGGCUGCAAAUGUCGACGGCGCCUCACGCUGCGUCGUGAUUUAG